CGAAACCGAAGCAUGGUUCCAUACCAACAGGACCUCAAUUAUCCUACUACUACUACUACUGGCUCUCGUCGACUCUUGUGGGGCUCAGCAUAAUGCCAGACGACACGAUCGCACCGAAAAAAGAAGGCUUUUUUAUUCAUUUAUUUCGAUAUACAAGCGGCAGAAGAGGAGCGUGUUUUUAAUUCAAUCGAUCAAUUGAUCCUAGUCUAGUCAGUUCUGGGGAGUUCUGGCCGCACAGGCAGCAACAGCAGCAUUCCGUUCGGUGGGAACACAUUUUGUGAUAGUAACGCAUUCUUUCUUUUCCCAAGUCCCCUUAUCUCGUCCCCUCAGAGCUGUUGUCAGCUCCGGAGCUCACUGUGGGCAUCUUGCAGCCUUUAUCCACGUGUGUUGAGCAGCGGAACAACCAAAAUGGAGGGCGUUUAGCUAUAGGGUAUAAGGAGGAGACAGAGAAUAGCGAUGGGACGCAUCUUUAGCAUCUUCGAAUCUCAAGGAAUCUUUGCAAUUUCUCACACUUAUGUACUUGCAUUUGAAUGUAAAAAUCAUUUUGUUUUUGUACCGUAAGCAUUGCGUCGUUUAGGUUUAAUGGCGCGUGGAAUUGUGUUUUGCUAAAUAAGUCGUCGUUUCGUAAGGGUUUGGUGAGUGGCGAAAAUAAAAAAAAAUGGUGGGUGUUGUCAUUAAGAUUGAUUUGGUUGAUUUCUGAAGGGUUAGAUUGAGAGUGUGAUUAAAAAAAGGAAGGAUUAUUGAAUGGGUAACACUCACACAGCCACGCGCUGCACGUGUAUUGAACAGCGAUACAGCGAACAAAGUAUAAAUAUAAAAACAUUUGCAAAAAAAGCGUACAUUUCAAAACAUUAUUUUCUAAAAUUCCCAAUACUUCAUCGAUCCUCAUCGAUUCCGUCAGACAAACAUUUUUCCAGAAAUAAUCGCUCCGUUCCCUUCAUUCUUCCCUCCUUCUUCCCGUUCGGUUUGCUGAUAAACCGAGCAAGCGCACCGGAGGGGGAUCCGAUCCGAAACGUCGCGAUCAGCGGCUCUCAGUCGCUAAUCAGCAGCCCUAGCGCUCACACAGUGCCGAGUGAUCUGUCUCGAACCCUUGGGGAGGACCGGACCGUGUCAAGGGGGGGCCCCUAAUCAGUGAGCUAAUCAAGUGAAAACCAAAAGCGGGCGAUCGAGGAACCGUUCUGUACCGUGCAGCGAUAAGAGGCCGUGUGUGUUUGGGUGUGUGGCAGAGAAAUGGUAUCACCUUUCGGCCGACGACGAUCGUCUUCUUGGCGAUCGAUCGUGCUGCCGGCUUUGCUGUUCGUUCUGCCAGCGUUGGUUGAAAAUGGCGAAAGCUGCAGCAAAACCCCGAUCGUGGACGGGCGAACGGUCAGCGGUGUGAAGCAGCCGGGCGACAAUGGUUACCGGUUGGCCAUCCGGGACGAGCCGACCGGGUACGAACCGGGCAAGAUCUACAACCUGUUCAUCGUUGGCUCGCGCACGCAUGCGAAGCUGCAGCAGUUCACGCACUUUACGCUGGUGGCGCACGCACGCAACGGCGCCAAGCAGUAUCUGGCCGGGCCGCGGCGCGUCGGCCGGUUUCAGCUGUUCAGCGACGCACUGACCAAGUUCCACGAUCAGUGCGUCAACACGGUAACGCAGGCGGACGAUUUCCCCAAGACGGAGGUGCAGGUGAUGUGGGUCGCACCGGCAGCCGGUUCCGGCUGCGUCAGCAUCUCCGCCAUGGUGUACGAAAGCGAGCAGCAGUGGUUCGCGGACGACGGAGCGCUCACCAAGGUGCUGUGUGAGCAUCAGCCCGUGCCGCGCCUACAGAAAGGUGAAUGUUGUGCCUGCGAUGAGGCGAAGUACAGCCUUACCUUCGAGGGCAUCUGGUCGAACGAGACGCAUCCGAAGGACUACCCGUUCGCCAUCUGGCUGACACACUUCUCGGACGUGAUUGGGGCGUCGCACGAUACGAACUUUUCCUUCUGGGGUGAAAACCACAUCGCCACCGACGGUUUCCGCAUGCUGGCCGAAUGGGGCUCGGUGCGUCUCCUCGAGACGGAGCUGCGGGCGAAGGGGGCACGCCUCCGCACGCUUAUUAAAGCGGCUGGUCUGUGGUAUCCGCGCGUGAACGCCAACACCACCUCCAACUUCCGGGUGGACCGGAAGCAUCACAAGAUAUCGCUCGCCUCCAUGUUCGGCCCGUCGCCCGAUUGGGUGGUGGGUGUGAGCGGACUCGACCUGUGCCGACCGGACUGCACCUGGACGGAGUCGCUGGACGUGGAUCUGUACCCGUGGGAUGCCGGUACGGACAGUGGCAUCAGCUACAUGUCGGCGAAUGCGGAAACGCAACCGCGGGAGCGUAUGCACCGCAUCACCACCCUUUACCCUGAGGACCCGCGGGCACCGUUCUAUAAUCCCCGGUCGGCGGAGAUGACACCGCUCGCUCGGCUUUAUCUGCGCCGGGAGCGGGUAAUGGCUCGCAGCUGCGACGAACAGUUCCUGCAGGCGCAGGUACUGGAGCUGGCGGAGAACACGGAGGAGGAAACGCGCCCCGAGUGUGCGACGACCGAGUACACCGACUGGACGCCUUGUUCGGUGACUUGCGGGAAGGGGAUUCGGAUGCGCACGCGUGAGUAUUUGCGGCCGGAUGUGGCGGCAGGGGCACGGUGCAACAGGCAGCUGAUCGGGAAGGAGAUGUGCGUUGCGGAGGUACCGGAGUGUGAGGAGGGAGUAGCGGGAGAGGAUGCCAGUGGGGAGGAUAUGGGCCAGUCGGCGGCGACGGUCGAUGAGGCAGGGGAAGGCGUCGGCGUGUGCCGUACGACGCGCUGGAGCGAGUGGUCGGAGUGUUCGGUCAGCUGCGGAAUCGGGGUGACGAUGCGGACGCGCACGUUCCUGGAAAACAUGGGCCGGAAGAAGUGUCCCCACAUCAGUGUUGUGGAAAAGCAGAAGUGCAUGCAGCCGGACUGCUCGAUCACCGACAUGGAAGCACCGGAUCCGCUCUGCCCCGUCACCGCCUGGAGCGACUGGAGUCCGUGCAGUGCGACGUGCGGCAAGGGCGUGCAGAUUCGCACUCGCCUGCUGCUACUGGCACCCGAGGAACAGGACCGCUGCCAGAACCGCAUCGAGCUGAACCAGCAGCGCCCCUGCACGGACAAGGCCGACUGUCUGUACGAUACGUUCACCGCGCAGGAGAUCUGUUCGCAAUCGCCGGAAGCGGGCCCGUGCCGGGGCCGCUACCAGCGCUACGCGUACGACUCCACCAAGGGCACGUGCGUACCGUUCUACUACGGUGGCUGUCGAGGCAAUCGGAACAACUUCCUUACGGCCGACGAUUGCAUGAACACGUGCACGCGAUCGCGCCUGGAGACAAGUACGGGGUUGCCGCCGGCAGCAGCCACACCGGACCCGUUCGAGGCCCUGCCCGUCGACUGUGUGCUGUCCGACUGGUCGGAAUGGACGCCAUGUUCCGUUACCUGCGGCACGGGCCGUUCCGAGCGUGUGCGGUCGAUCGUUACGCAUCCGCGCAACGGUGGGCAGCCCUGUCCGCCGCGCAUCGUCAAGCGCCGCAAGUGCACUGGGCCACCGUGCAAUUGAUGCGGGCUUUCUUCAUCCUGCAAUUAGUAAAGAAACGGGGGGUGAGAAGCACCAAAAGCACAUAAGAUGAGGGAGUGAAAGAAAAAUACACUUAUGCGCCAUCCAUGAAUGACGUAACGCUUGAAGGGUGGGGAGAGGGUGCCAUCACACGUUACGAUUUGUUACUUGAGGGAGAAGGGAAGUUUAACAAUUGUUACGUAACGAGAAAUAAAAUGUUAGAUUUUUGUUAAUUCGAAUAACAAA